AUGAUGAACCGCACGUUCGUUUUGGGUCUGGCAGCUGCCGGUCUGGUCUCGGCCAAGACCACCGUGACCUCCAUGUUCUUCUACGACACGGAUGCUCAGUCUUUGGACGCGUCGAUCAUGGGUAAUGAUGCGACCGCCACUACCUAUAGCGUCAACUGCCCUCCCGGCACUGAUAGUGAUGAUUGUGGAAUGGGUCCCGGGAUGACUGUCAUCGCCGGUCCACAGACCACCAUGUUCAUGGACAUUCCUGAUGAAGACUUCUACUAUACUGUUAUUUGCUCGUUGGAUGGCACAACCUACGCGGUCUGCUCGGAAAUGGCCUCGGGAGCUGGGGCUAACUUCCCGGGGACCACCAUCACCACUUUGGAUGAGGGUGACCUGGGUCUGAUGCCUGUGACUAUCACUGCGGGAUCUGUCACCAGUGUGGCCGCUACUGCCGCCCACGCUACGACUGAGGUUCAGAGUGCAAGCAACACCGGUUCUUCUGCCAGUUCCGGCACGGAGACACAGUCCGCCGCCUCUACUGGCACCUCUGCCUCCGCGUCUGCUUCUACUGCUGUCUCGACAGCUUCGAAUGCCUCGAAGGCAAGUGCGUCUGCCAUCAGCACUGGUAGAGGCUCGUUGGUCACAGGCGAUGCAGCCCUGGUGUUCGGAGGCGCUGCAGCUGCAGCUUUGGUGGCGGCCGUUCUCUAAGCCCACCUCAUAUCACGGAACACCAAUACAUGGAUAAUAGUACACUUCUUGUCAGAUCGUGGAGGCUAAGGCAGCGAAGGGCCACUUUUAUCGGACAUUGUCACGGGAAUUAAACACAUUAUCUUAAUACUCUUCUUCUCAUACAUACACAACAAAUAAAAUCAAAGCAUCACUCAAUUAAUGGUGUGCCACAUCUACACCCAUCAGGAUACAGACAGAGCAUGUACCUAACACCACCAACUAUCAC